UUUUUUUUUUUUUUUUUUUUUUUUUUUUUUUUUUUUGCGUUCCUGAUUUGUGUUCGAGCGUGUUCUUGAAAUGAUUCAUCAUGGGAAUCGGUUUUCGUACUAGUUUUGGCGUGAAUGCGAUUGGAAUCACUCCUUUCGUGGUUGAAUUUGCUGAAGUUCGCGCGAUUUUAGUUCGCAAUAGAAGAGAAAUUUGAGGUUUCGAUUAGUGUAGAAAAGGAGAUUUGAUUUGAGGAGAAGAGGUUAUUUGGAGAAUGAUGUCUUCUGGUGUAAAUUUGGUGAUGACUGUGAUUGGAUUCACUGUGAGUACUUUGUUCAUCGUGUUCGUCUGCGCGAGGCUUGUUUGUGCUCGGAUUCAUCUCAAUGCUUCAAGGCGCUCCUUCCUUGUCGCUUCUAGAUCCGAUCUCAGUGGGCUCGAACGGGGACAACACGGUGUAGAGCCUUUCGUUGUAGCUAACUUUCCAACUAAGAAGUAUAGUGAUGAAUACUUCUCAUCCAUGAGGAAUGCUCAAUGCACAGUUUGCUUAGCAGAUUAUCACAGUGAAGACUUAUUGCGCAUUCUCCCUUACUGUGGACACUCCUUCCAUGUGACCUGCAUAGACAUAUGGCUGCAUCGGCACUCAACGUGCCCAGUUUGUCGUACAUCGUUACGCGAGGUCCCAGACAAGAAACGAACAUUACAACCCUUGUUUAGUUCAGCCAUUCGCUCUCAUUACAACCUCAACUCAGACGUCUGUGCUUAUCCCUGCCAUGGGUUCCCAUUAAGCGACCAUGAAAACACUGGGUUGGAACCAAUCCAAGAGAAUCAGGCUAACGGAGCAGCGGAUCCGAUAGAGAACGCUUCCUCGUUUACCGAAGGUAACCUGAAUAGUAAAGGCUCAAGAAACAAAAAUGUAGUAAGUCCAUCAAAUGCUUGAGAAUUUCUCUGUGGUUGGUUUGUGAUAGGAGUUUGGAUUGGUAAGAGAGCUGUGUCCCAAAAGUAGAUGUCCUUAGCCAUCUAUCUGCUUAGAAAGGUUGUCUGUCUUGUUAUUUACCACUGUACAUAAGUCUUGCUUGUAGUGAACUAAUCUGUUGCUGGUUUGAGCAGUUUUGUUACUUUUCUUCUGCACAACAUUAAGUACACCAUGAACCCCCUUUUUUA